AAUCUCUUUUUCCUUGACUAAACUAAAACACUCAUAAUUUUCACAAAAUCCAAUUCCAUGGCCUCAACUUCACCUCCCUUGAAAGAUGAGCUAGACAUUGUGAUACCCACAAUUAGAAACUUAGAUUUUUUAGAAAUGUGGAGGCCCUUUUUUCAACCAUAUCAUCUUAUUAUUGUACAAGAUGGUGAUCCCUCAAAGUCCAUCAUGGUCCCUGAAGGCUUUGAUUAUGAGCUCUAUAAUCGUAAUGACAUAAACAAGAUUUUGGGUCCUAGGGCAUCUUGCAUUUCUUUUAAGGACUCUGCUUGUCGUUGCUUUGGUUACAUGAUUUCCAAGAAGAAGUAUAUUUACACUAUUGAUGAUGAUUGCUUUGUUGCAAAGGAUCCAAGUGGAAAAGAUAUAAAUGCAUUGGAACAACACAUAAAGAACCUUUUGUGCCCAUCAACUCCCUUUUUCUUCAACACAUUGUAUGAACCAUUCAGAGAUGGAGCUGAUUUUGUGCGUGGAUACCCUUUCAGCCUUCGUGAAGGUGUGCCAACAGCAGCUUCCCAUGGCCUAUGGCUCAAUAUCCCUGAUUACGAUGCACCUACUCAGCUUGUUAAACCUCUUGAGAGGAACACUAGGUAUGUUGAUACGGUAUUGACAAUCCCAAAGGGUACCCUCUUCCCGAUGUGUGGAAUGAAUCUUGCAUUCGAUCGUGAUCUUAUUGGACCAGCUAUGUACUUUGGACUCAUGGGAGAUGGACAGCCUAUCGGACGUUAUGAUGAUAUGUGGGCUGGUUGGUGCUGCAAGGUAAUAUGUGAUCAUUUGGGAUUAGGAAUCAAGACUGGAUUACCCUAUAUCUAUCACAGCAAAGCCAGCAAUCCAUUUGUUAACUUGAAGAAGGAAUACAAAGGGAUUUUCUGGCAAGAAGAGAUCAUUCCAUUUUUCCAGACAUUAACUCUUUCAAAGGAGUCUACUUCUGUGCAAAAAUGCUAUAUUGAACUUGCUAGGCUUGUCAAAGAAAAACUUGGCACAAUAGACCCCUAUUUUCUGAAGCUUUCAGAGGCAAUGGUCACUUGGAUUGAAGCUUGGGAUGAACUCAACCCUCCUACUAAACAUUCUUCCAAAUGAAAAUCACACUACUAAUUCUGCAAUUUAUAUUCUUUAAAUAUCAAAAAUCAAUAAGGGGGUGAUACUCCUAUAUAUAUUGUUUUCUACUAGACUACUAUUAGACAUAUAGCUUUCUAGCUGUCUUAAACUUGUAAUGAGAAUGAGGAAUGCUUUUGCUUUGUUAUAAAAGUUGAAUGUUACAACAAGGAAUUUGCUGCUUCA